GUGGGCAGCACCACCCGCGCCUGCACGGAGGGGCUCUGGCUGUGGGGCAGCGCCGACUCCGAGGACGACCAGAGCCCCCUGCUGGUCUUCAUGGACUGCGAGGGCUUCGGCAGCACCGAGAGCGACCGCACCCGCGACGCACAGCUGAUGACGCUGUGUGCGCUGAUGUCGUCGGUGAUGGUGCUGAACACCAAGGGCACGCUCAAUGAGGGCAUCUUCAAUGCGCUCGCUCUGGUGUGCCGCUUCGCCGAGCACAUCGAGGAACGCCGCGUGAUUCCUUGCGGCAUGGCAGACGAGGGUUCCGACGCGAUCUCCGACAUCAACGACGAGUCUGCCGACGCCAAGGUGAAGGUUGUGCCGACCAUCAACUCCUCGCCAGCUUCGCCUGUCCCACCGACCCCCGCCACAUCGCAGAUUGGCAGCUUUCCCAGCGACAUCAUGACAGUACUGCAAAACAUGAACACCGCGCUUGCGAAUGCCGUCACGAAGCCGGACAUCACCAGCCUCAAGGGGCCAGAAGCGAUCGUCACGGCCAAAAACAUGCAGAUGAGCUACACCAUCAACUUCGCUCCAGUCGACAUCGCCAGUGUGGUACUCGACUCCUUCAAGAAUGGCGGCAUCUCGUGGACUGACCCGCGCACCAACAUGGCCAUGAACCUGCGUUGCCGCCUCGACGCCAGCCAGCAGAUCCGCAAUCGCCACAAGGUCCUCGGUCGCCUGUGGCAGGCUUUCGUCACGCACAUGAAAGAGAACGGCACAUGGAAGCAGGACUACUGCCUCGGCGGCAACGGCCCGCGCGGUCUCUUGUUUCUCCUCUGCGGCUCGGACGACGUCGAGGUCCUUGCGCCCCUCGUCGAGGUUGCCGACGACUCCUACGCAGUCGAGCUGAAGUACGACAGCCUCGCCCAGUUCGGGAUCGACCGCGCCGCCGCCGACAAGAUCGUCGCCAGCUCCCUGCCAUAG